AUGAAGGUCCAUGGCAUUGGUAACAGUAACAGUGGUAGUGGUUUUGUGGGUGCGGCUCGAGAGAGAGAGGAAAGGAAAGAAAAAGGUCAUAGAAUUCCGUCCACCCUUUCUCACGGACCAAUCGCCUCUCAUCUCCUUUUCAACUUCCAGAGUGAAAGGAAAAGGAAAAUGGCAAAAACUUUGCUCUGCAUUGUCUUCACUAUCUCCAUAACAUGGAUGGUCGAAGCUCGAAUUCCAGGGAUUUACUCUGGCGGUGCAUGGGAAAGUGCUCACGCCACCUUCUACGGAGGAUCCGAUGCUUCCGGCACCAUGGGGGGAGCGUGUGGGUAUGGGAACCUGUACAGUCAAGGGUACGGUGUGAACACGGCGGCAUUGAGCACGGCGCUUUUCAACAACGGCCUUAGCUGCGGCGCCUGCUUUGAGAUAAAGUGCGCGAACGACAAACAGUGGUGUCAUUCCGGAAGUCCUUCCAUCUUCAUCACCGCAACAAACUUUUGCCCUCCCAACUACGCUCUUCCUAACGACAAUGGCGGCUGGUGCAACCCUCCUCGUCCUCACUUCGACCUCGCCAUGCCCAUGUUCCUCAAAAUUGCCGAAUACCGCGCAGGAAUUGUCCCUGUUGCCUUUCGCCGGGUGCCAUGUAGAAAGCACGGAGGGAUAAGGUUCACCAUCAACGGAUUCCGUUACUUUAACCUCGUGCUGAUUAGCAACGUGGCGGGUGCGGGUGAUAUCGUGCGCACUUACGUGAAGGGGUCCCGAACCGGGUGGAUGCCAAUGAGCCGGAACUGGGGCCAGAACUGGCAGUCAAACGCGGUUUUGGUGGGGCAGGCGCUGUCGUUUCGCGUCACGGGCAGCGACCGCCGCACCUCCACCUCCUGGAACAUCGCCCCACCCAAUUGGCAAUUCGGUCAAACUUUCACCGGAAAAAAUUUCAGAGUCUGA